AUGUCAGGCAGAAAGAAGGCUCUCCUUAAAGUGAUUAUUCUCGGUGAUUCGGGUGUCGGCAAGACUUCAUUGAUGAACCAGUAUGUAAAUCGUAGAUUCAGCAAUCAGUACAAGGCAACGAUAGGUGCUGAUUUCCUAACUAGAGAUGUUCAAAUUGAUGAUCGUACGGUAACAUUGCAGAUCUGGGAUACAGCAGGGCAGGAGCGCUUCCAGUCAUUGGGUGUUGCUUUUUACCGUGGAGCUGACUGUUGCGUACUUGCCUUUGAUGUUACGAGUGCGUCAUCAUUUAAAAGUCUCGAUUCGUGGCGAGACGAGUUUCUUAUCCAGGCUUGCCCUCGCGAUCCAGAGAAUUUUCCAUUCGUUUUACUCGGCAACAAAGUCGAUUUGGAAGCACAGCGGGCUGUGAGUGCGAAGCGUGCACAGUCAUGGUGUCAAACGAAGAAUAAUAUCCCUUAUUACGAGGUAUCAGCUAAAGAAGCGGUAAAUGUCGAAGCUGCCUUCCAAGCAAUUGCGCGUGAUGCUCUUGCUAGAGAAGCUCAGGUUAGUCAUAUUGCGUUUCGUUUUCCAAUUAUUAGCUUUCUUGGUUUUUGUUGA